CACACAUCAUUCCUUACCCUUUUCGUGUUCGCCUUUUUCUUUUAUCGGUUUCUCCACAUCUAGGUCGGCCAAUUUCAUCUUCUAUAAAUCGAGCCCAAUUCUCUCGUUUCUCCAUCACCGAUCCACAAUUCAUUCCUCAAACCUCUCCAUAAUCAAAUCUCCGAUUCAGAGCUUUCUUCCCAGAUUCUCAAGGUAACACCCGAAUCCGUUCCCCUAUCGUCUCUGUUCUUGAUCUUCCAGUUCUAGUUUUGUUCGUAUUGAAAAAAACGUUGGAAUUUAGUAAUUAGGGUUCCUUCUUUUCCGUCGAUUAGAUUGUUGUGACGAUCUAAUGCCGUUUAGAGCCUGAAAUCUGGUAUUGAGUUAGGGUUUUAUUUGGAUCCUGGAAAUUUCUAUCCGGUUAUUGAAUUAGGUUUUCUCGUCGUUCUGAUAUUUACAGAUGCAAAUAUUCGUUAAGACUCUCACCGGCAAGACUAUCACUCUCGAGGUCGAGAGCAGCGACACCAUCGACAACGUCAAGGCUAAGAUCCAAGAUAAGGAGGGUAUUCCCCCGGAUCAGCAGAGGUUGAUUUUCGCCGGCAAGCAGCUGGAAGACGGCAGGACCUUGGCCGACUACAACAUCCAGAAGGAGUCGACCCUUCACCUGGUUCUCCGUCUUCGUGGCGGCAUGCAGAUCUUUGUCAAGACCUUGACAGGAAAGACCAUAACUUUGGAAGUUGAGAGCUCCGAUACCAUUGAUAACGUGAAGGCGAAGAUCCAGGACAAAGAGGGGAUCCCACCAGAUCAGCAGAGGUUGAUCUUUGCUGGCAAGCAGUUGGAGGACGGCAGGACUUUGGCCGAUUACAAUAUCCAAAAGGAGUCCACCCUCCAUCUGGUUCUCCGUCUAAGAGGUGGCAUGCAGAUCUUUGUGAAGACGUUGACUGGCAAAACCAUUACUCUUGAAGUCGAGAGCAGUGACACAAUCGACAAUGUCAAGGCGAAGAUCCAGGAUAAGGAAGGGAUCCCUCCAGAUCAGCAGAGGCUCAUAUUUGCUGGCAAGCAGCUUGAGGAUGGAAGGACUUUGGCCGACUACAACAUCCAGAAAGAGUCCACCCUGCAUCUUGUGCUCCGUUUGAGAGGUGGUAUGCAGAUCUUCGUUAAGACAUUGACUGGGAAGACCAUUACACUCGAGGUUGAGAGCUCCGACACCAUUGACAAUGUCAAGGCAAAGAUCCAAGACAAGGAAGGGAUUCCCCCAGAUCAGCAGAGGCUUAUCUUUGCCGGGAAACAGCUUGAAGAUGGAAGGACUUUGGCUGAUUACAACAUACAGAAGGAGAGUACCCUUCAUUUGGUUCUGCGUCUUAGGGGAGGUAUGCAGAUUUUUGUCAAGACUCUGACCGGAAAGACCAUCACCCUCGAGGUGGAGAGCAGUGAUACCAUCGACAAUGUGAAGGCCAAGAUCCAGGAUAAGGAGGGAAUUCCACCCGAUCAGCAGAGGCUUAUCUUUGCUGGAAAGCAGCUUGAGGAUGGAAGAACCCUGGCGGACUACAAUAUUCAGAAGGAGUCUACUCUUCACUUGGUCCUGCGUCUCCGUGGUGGCUUCUAAACUGUGUUAUGUCUGUUAGUGCCUUUGUUGCUAUGGCUGCAGCCAUGAUGUGUUGAAGGCUGUUGUUGGUGUACGGUGAACAAUUCAGGAUGUUUCAAGUUUCUGGUUACGUACGGGGUAGCCUAAUGGCUCCCCAGUUCAAUUUCUUGUGUGUUUUUUUUUUAAUUUUUCUUAACAUUACUGUCAUGGCCUUGGUGGCCAUGUGAACAAUCAUGUGGGUCUGUUGGUUCCGUAAUGAAGUUGAGUUUAUGGUCGUGUCUAUGGUUGCAUUUGACCAUUUGUCCCUCUUUUUUGGUUCCGUAAUGAAGUUGAGUCUAUGGU